AUGCUUUAUGACGCUCAUUGCCAUCCGGCAGAAGUGCCUUCCAAGCUGGGCGAAAUACCCGCAAUGGAUGCUACUCUGUGUGUGAUGAGCACCAGGCCCGACGAUAUCGAGCACGUGAAGGAGUGCAGCAAGUUUCCUAACGUCAUUGUGGCCUUUGGCUUGCAUCCGUGGUGGAGCUACCUGCUAUCGACCGGCGGCUCUAAAGUCGAUCACUAUCAACGAGUCUUUACGCCAGCACCGGAACUGGAGGAAAUCGAAAGCCUGCCAGAACCAAUGAGUAUGGACUCCUAUUUAAACUACAUCAAGCAGCUCUUAGUAAACGAGCCUACGGCGCUAGUAGGAGAAGUGGGCCUUGAUAAGGCAUUCCGAGUGCGAAUCAACGAGCGAUUGAGCCGAUUCAGAGUGCAAAUAUCCCACCAAAGGCUUGUCCUCGAGAGACAACUAGCAAUAGCCCAGGAAUUGAAAAGACCCGUCUCGCUGCAUGGUGUCCAAGCGCCGGGACCACUGUUUGACUCGGUGAGACAGUUUUCGUUACCAGCGGUGUGUCUGCACUCGUACUCUGGGUCUACAGAAUUCUAUACGCAGCAGUGGUCAAAGCUCACGUUCCCAGUCUACGUGUCUGGGGCAGUAAUUGUAAACAUGCCGAACCAAGACAAGGCAGAGUCGCUAUUGAAGAGUGUUCCAGAGCACUUGGUGUUAUCAGAGAGUGACUACGGAGAAGCAGGCUAA